ACAAAAAUAAUUAAAAUAAAAAUAUAGAGAAAGUGCAGCAUGUCCAUGGUUUGGUAAUUGGCGUUUUAUAAAGCGGCACUGCAAUUUCCCAAUCCCAAUUUCAUCUCUUUCCUUCCCUCUCCCUCUUUCUCUCUCUCACUCGCGUUCUUCUCCGACCAAUUUCGGUUUCGCCGGCGAAUUGCGUCACUCAUCGGCGUCUCCGAGCGAGGGUUUUAAUUGUCGGUCAAUUUUCCGGUGAGAUCUGGGAGUGUAUGCUUUGGGAUUUGUGUUUUGAUUUAGGGUUUUCUGUGUUGGAUUUUGUGCUUAAUAAUUGGGGAUGAUUGUUUUGGGGCAUUAGGUUUUUGUUUCUUCUUCUUUUGGCUGGAUGGAACCGGGCACGAGAAUAGCUAGCCCUUCUGGGGUUGUUGUUAAGAAUAGGAGUACUUCGGGGUGUUUGAUUGUUAGAAAGAAAGGGGAUAGUUUGGGUGGUGGAGUUGGUGGUUCUUCAAACUCCCGGAAGCAGUAUGAAUCUAAGAAAGUGAGGAAAAAGCCCAAGGCCGAAUCAAGUGAUUCGGGAUCAAGCGGCGAGUUAUUAGUACCACCUGCUAGGAGGCUUGGCCCUGAGACCAUUCGAGUAUGUAAUAGUUUGAGUGCUAUUGAGCGAGGUGGUAUGGUUGGUAGCGGGGAAAUCAGUAGGAAGAGGGAGAGAAUGGAGCCAAUUAGGCGUAAUGGGGAUGGCAUGGUCGAGGGAAAUGGCUUGGAGAGGAGGGAAAAGAAAGUAAAGAUGGAUGUGUUUGAUUUUGAUGAAUAUGAUGGAGCUGGGGCUGAAAUGAUGAGAAGGAGGCAUUUUGAUCAUGAUGGGGUUAGUUUAGGAGGAGGAGGAAGGUUUAUGGGAACAAUGCAUGCUGGUAGAGGUAGCAUUGACAGGGAAUUUGAAACUGGUUCAAGCAGACACAGUGUGGAUAAGAGAAAAAAAUCCUAUUAUGAUAGGCCAACUGGCUCGUAUCUCGGAGAUAACGUCGAACACAGUAGGGUCAAGAUGAAAAGGGAUGGAACUCAGCAUCCUCUGCCCUUGUUGAAGGAGAAGUUUAAGUCUGAUGAGUCCAUUAGGGUUCAGGGGAAAAAUGGUGUUUUGAAGGUGAUGGUUAAUAAGAAGAAGGCGGGUGGGCCUGUAGAGCCCUAUGAUCAUCGUAAACCAGUUGAAAGCAAACAAAUAUUAAGGGUGGAGGGCACUUCUAAGAGGAAUGUUCUGAUCCAUCCUUCAUCACAACUAGAAACGAAACCUGCCGAGAAACAGGGUUUACUUAUUAGGCCAGAGAAGAAACAAAUAACAACAAGAAAAUCACUGUCAAGUAAGGAGGAUAGUAAGGGUGAUGAGCAGGAUUCAGAUAACAGUGACUCAUCAAUGAAUCUGGAAGUAAAAAAUAUUGAAGCUCACACAUCUUCGAAAAAGGCAACCUCUGAAAAUGAACAGACUCCUGUGCAUGACAAGCUCCGAACCACAAAAUCAAGUGAAGGAAAAAUCAGGCGAGGUAGUGGCACGGAAAAGCAGAAACUAAGAGAACGAAUACGGGAGAUGCUUCUGAAUAAAGGUUGGACCAUAGACUAUCGCCCGCGGAGGAAUAGAGACUACUUAGAUGCGGUUUACAUUAAUCCUGCGGGUACAGCUUACUGGUCCAUCAUCAAGGCCUAUGAUGCACUUCAAAAGCAAUUGAUUGAUGAUGAUCAAGCUGCCAAGGCCAAAGGGGAGAGUUCUUCUUUUGCUCCUAUAGCUGAUGAUGUGCUCAGUCAAUUGACAAGGAAAACUCGGAAGAAGAUGGAGAAAGAUUUGAAGAUGAAGAGAAAGAAGCAAAGAGUUGAUGACAUUGAUAGUGGAAAAGAACUGCGGAUGAAAAAAUUUUCUGGCAAAAAGCAUCAUAUGAAUGUCAUGGAUAGUGAUAGCAAUGAAGAGAAGUUAAGUUCCUUUAUCAAGCAAGGAAGUAAAUCAGUGAAAACUAAAUUGACUGAAAAUGCUAUUACAGGUGGUAGCUCUAAGAAUGCUGCCCAUCACUCAAAUGAUGGAACUGAAAAAUCAUUCUUUGAAAACGACCCUCAUCUCCUACAUGGAAGAAAAAGUAGAAACCAUGGAAGGUGCACUUUAUUAGUUCGUAGUUCGAACAAAGGAUUGAAUUCAGAAUCUGACGACUUUGUUCCAUAUACUGGCAAACGAACAGUGCUUUCCUGGUUGGUUGACUCAGGGGCAGUACAGGUAAGUCAAAAGGUUCAGUACCGUCGGAAGAAGCGAGUAAUGCUUGAGGGAUGGAUCACAAGAGAAGGCAUUCAUUGUGGCUGCUGUAGUAAGAUCCUCACGGUUUCAAAGUUUGAGCUUCAUGCAGGAAGCAAAUUGCCACAGCCAUAUCAAAACAUAUAUUUGGAUUCUGGAGUUUCUCUUCUACAGUGCCAGAUAGAUGCGUGGGAUAGACAAGAGAAUUCUGGGAAAAUUAGUUUCCAUUCAGUAGAUAUUGAUGGUAAUGAUCCAAAUGAUGAUACCUGUGGUAUAUGUGGAGAUGGAGGGGAUUUAAUCUGUUGUGAUGGUUGUCCAUCAACUUUUCAUCAGAGUUGCUUGGAUAUACAGAUGCUCCCCCCUGGGGACUGGCAUUGUCCAAAUUGCACCUGUAAAUUUUGUGGACUAGCCAGUGGAACUAUUGCCAGAGAAGAUGGUGCAACUGUAUAUGCCUUACGUACUUGUGACUUAUGCGAGAAAAAAUAUCAUGAUUGUUGUGCUAAGGAUACGGUUGCCGUUCUUGCCAACUCCAAUAUGUCGGGGCAUUCCUUUUGUGAAAAAAGCUGCAAAGAGCUUUUCGAGCACUUGAAGAAGUACCUUGGCACCAAGCAUGAAAUUGAUGCAGGCUUUACAUGGUGUCUUGUUCGUAGAACAGAUGACGAUUCAGAAGCAGCUAGUAGGGGAGUCACCCAGAGGGUGGAAUGCAACUCCAAGCUGGCUGUUGCACUGACUGUGAUGGACGAAUGCUUUUUACCUGUUGUUGAUAGGAGGAGUGGGAUCAAUUUAAUUCACAAUGUUCUAUAUAAUAGCGGGUCAAACUUCAGUCGGUUGAAUUAUACUGGCUUUUAUACUGCUAUUUUGGAGCGGGGGGAUGAAAUAAUUUCUGCAGCAUCUAUCAGGUUCCAUGGGACUAAAUUAGCAGAGAUGCCAUUCAUUGGAACUCGCCAUAUACAUAGACAUCAGGGAAUGUGCCGCCGGCUUUUUUCUGCCAUUGAACUCGCGCUUUGCUCUUUGAAGGUUGAGAAACUGGUUAUUCCUGCAAUUUCUGAACUUGUUCAUACGUGGACAACAGUUUUUGGCUUCACACAUCUUGAGGAAUCACUCAGGCAAGAAAUGAGGUCAUUGAAUAUGUUGGUGUUCCCUGGUAUUGAUAUGUUACAGAAGCUUCUAGUGGAGCAAGGAGAACUCGAGGGUGCCGAGCAAUUUGAGAAUGGAGAUGUGGUUUCUAUCAAGCCUGCUGUGGUCAAUAGAUUAGAUAUGGAUCCAUCAGCUUUGCAAGAUCCUCGUGGAAGUGAGGAUGUUAGUUCCAAUCCCAAUAAGACUAGCAAUGAAUGUAGUGAUGCUUCUCACGAACUAAGCAACCAAGGUUUGAUUGACAGGACUGUGUGCUCCAAAUCUCACUCUGAGGAAAGAUUAUCUGAUUCUGUUUCAGAAAAUUGUGCUUCUCCUUCUAAUUCUAAUCAUGCAGUACUAGUAGAAAAGAAAAAUGAAAUAUCAAUGUCUUCUCCUGUUAAUGAUGAAUUGCAUCCAUCACCCAAACGUCAAAUCAUUUCACCAAAUGGCAUUGCUACUACUGGUCUUCCAUCAGAUCCCUCAGAGUGCCAUGAAAUUCCAGCUUGGGGUCAAGAAACUGCAUGUUCUGAUCUAGGUACUGCAAAAGACCUGGUUGAACCUGUUCCUGACCCAAAACCCCAUGCUUUCACUGAUAUGAACUGUGAUUCACCAGGGCUUGGCCGAAACACUGUGUUGGAUUCUCAAGUGGCGGAUAAUGCUUUGUCUUUCAAAGAGUUUGAUAUAAAUGAUGCCCAUGUUGAGGUUCUUGAAGCUGGUCCUUUAGUGAAUUUGUCUCAAGGGAACAAUACCAAAGAGGGUAAUGAAAACGUAGAUGUCUCUUGUUCUGUUCUUAAUCAUGCUGGUGAGAGUUCCUUGCAGGUAAAAUCUGAUUUGAAUGGUGAAGUUGCAUAUGAGGGGGAAAAUAAUUUACAUUUGGACAGAGAAGUUGCUUCAAAUGAAAUGCAUUCUGAUGAAACUGGCCUAAAUCCUUCUGGUGACAGUACAGAAACUGAUCCAGCAUAAGAGAAUGGUUGAGUCUAACACCGCUGAAUCAUGUCUUCAGUUCUACAGCUCAUGCGACUUGUACACAAUUUUUCAUUCAAUGAUUCAAUGCCUUGUAUGCAAUCAAUUUUCAAGGCUUUGGAACUUACAUGUCAUGUCUUAAUCUAGAUAGUCUGAAAAUGUUAUAUAGACUUCAAGGGAAAUAGUAGCAGGUCCCUUGCGUUGUUGUUUAAGUAUUAAUUUCUUAAGGUCUAAGUUGACUUCAUUCCAUGUGAAUGUUUCUUCUGCCAAAAUGCUUCAAGGUUGCUUUUGGUUCAAGUUCCAUGUCCAUAUGGGUCGAACAGGUGAAACUGCUUUCCUGUUGUAUGCACCCAUCCUUCAUAGGUUCAUACCCCAAGCAGAUCCUUUGAGUGUAAUAUAUAUAUAUGAUAUAUGAUAUAUGGUUCUCGUUGUUUGUAUCUGAAAAUCUGGUGGAGUGGAUUUGGCUUCCUUUUCAAGGACCAUUGACUAUUUUUACACAGUAACUUAUUACAUGGCAUCAGCAGUCGCAGAUACUUGGAACAA